CCCCGGUUCAUCUGAAUUUCGAAGAUCAAAUUAAAAAUGGGGUGCUCGUCGUCGAAGAAGGUGGAGGAGGAGGCGGCCGUGAAGACGUGCCAUGACCGGAGGAGCUUCGUGAAGAAGGCGAUCGCGCAGAGGAACCUGCUCGCCUCCUCCCAUGUCGCCUACGCCCACUCCCUCCGCCGCGUCUCGCUCGCCCUCUUCUACUGCCUCGCCGAGGACGAGCACCUCUACUUCCUCCAGGACACGGCGGCGUCGUCGGCGGCGCCGUGCCGGCACCGGCCGUGCUCGCCGGAGAGGAAGGUUCUUGUCAUGAACUGGCUGAGACCAGACGCCGGCGGCGUCGGCGGCGGCGCGCCGGUGCACCCGGUGGUGGAGGUGGAGCAGCGGUGGGAGGAGAAUGAUGUUGCCGCCGAGACCGUCACGGUGGACGGGUUCUUCGGCGCGGAUCCCGGCCAGCUCUUCCACCCUUCGUCGUACGCUCCGGUGAAUGCCAUGCCGGCCUCGCCGCCGCCGCCGCAGCCGACAACGACAUGGGACUUCGUCUCUUGGGACCCUUUCUCCUCGCUCCAUCACGAUCACCAACAAUACGUGAGCUAUGGCGUUGAAGAUGACGAAGAGAGGAGGAGGAGAAGCGAUGACGAAGAUGACGAGCAGAUGCCGGAGCUGGAAGAAGAAAGCGACGACGCCGCCGACGACGACGACGGCGACGGCGAUGUCAAGCUGCAGGCGGAAGCUUCGCCGGCGGCUGUGGAGCGGCCGAUGGCGGAGGAGGAGGAGGAAGAGAAGACGGUGGAUCGCGUGAAGAACGAACUGAGGGUUGUGGCGAGCGAGGAGAUCGAGCAGCAGAGCACGCCGGGGUUCACCGUGUACGUGGACCGGCCACCGGCGAGCAUGGCGGAGGCCAUGAGGGACAUCCAGGGCCACUUCGUGAAGAUCGUCGACACCGCCAACCACGUCUCCGUCCUCCUCGAGGUCGUCCCCUACCAGAGGAAAGUCCGACCAGCUGCUCCGAGCGACGGUGAUGACGAGGAAGGCGGCGGCGAGGUCUCGCCGGAGCCAUUCGAGCUCUUCAAGAGCCACAAGGAGAGCCUCGAUAGGCUCUACGAGUGGGAGAAGAGGCUCUACGAGGAAGUCAAGGCAGGGGAGCGGGUGAGGCUGUCGUACGAGAGGAAGUGCGCGCUGCUGCGGAGCCAGGACGCCAAUGGCGCCGAGCCGUCCGCCAUCGAGAGGACCAGGGCCGCCAUGAGAGACCUCCGCACCAAGCUCGACAUCUCCAUCACCUCCGUCGACGCCGUCUCCAAGCGGAUCGCCGCCGUCCGCGACGACGAGCUCCUCCCCCAGCUCGCCCAGCUCAUCCGAGGGCAAGAACAAUGCCAAUCCAUCCAUCGAUCUGAUCUUCUGAGAUGUUUUUUCCUCUUUUUUUUGUUAAUUUGUUUGAGAUGUUUUAGGUUGGCGAGGAUGUGGAUGGUGAUCGCCGAUGCGCACCGGGUGAUGAAGCGCACGGCGGACGAGGCGUGCGCGCUCCUCUCGUCGUCGUCGGCGGCGGCGGCGCGCGCGGCUGCGGGCGGCGAGGGAGGCGUCAGGGGCCCGCCGCCGCCGCCGGGGCAGGCGCGGGCGGCCACGGCGGCGGGCGCGCUCGGGGCGGAGCUCCGCGGGUGGGGCGCGGCGAUGGAGGCGUGGGCGGAGUCGCAGCGCGGCUACGCGGCGGCGCUCUGGGGGUGGGCCCGGAGCUGCGUCGCGGACGGCGAGCACAUGCCGCGCCUCCUCGCCGCGUGGGCCGCCGCGGUCGAGGCCGUCGACGUCGAGGCGGCCACCAGGGCCGUGGAUGCCCUCGCCGCCGAGGCGGCCGCCGUCGCCACGGCCGCGCGGCGGCGCGGCGGCGAGGAGGAGUGGAACGAGGAGGAGGGGAAGAAGAGGAUCUGCGUCGGCCUCGCGGCGGCGCUGGCGGCCACGGCGGAGGCCGGCGGCUUGGCCUCCGCCGCGUACGGCGAGCUGGUGGUGGAGAUGGAAGAGAGGGAGCGCGCGAGGGAGAUGGCGGGAAGGGACGAAGAGCAAAAUCAAAACUGAACCAAACCAUUGUAAUUGUAAAUUAAAUCGUCCUUAACCAUUCACAGAUCAUUAUUAGAGUCCUUUGAAGCAUAGAAAUCGCACUCAAUUAUUUAUCACCAUGAAUUGUUCAGAAACGAAGCAUUCACUUUCAGAGUAAAUCUGAUUUACCAUA